UGGCAUCAACAACAGCCUCAUCUAAAAACGAAACGAUAUCACCACCGUUCAGCAUCAUGAAAUACCAGUAUCCACCUGUUUUCAAAGAUUUUCUCAUCCACUUUGUCCAAUCUCUGAACAGUUCAAAUCGAGCAGCAUUCGCGUUUUAUUGCCAGGGUCUCAUUCCGGGCUCCAUGUUAGAUGGCAAUAUGGCUACUGAUGCUGAGUUGUUUGCAUUAAUCAAGUUUCUUCUGAGUUCUAAUGAAUUGUCUUUCACCAACAUGUCACUGCUUAAAGAAUUCCUCUCAAGUAUUGGUCGUCAUGAUUUGCUGCAGGAGCUCAGAAAAGUAAAAUUGCGAAUCUCAGUUGGUCUCAUUUUAGAAGAUUAUUUGAAGUUCAGAUCCGUUGAUGGCUUCCCCCAGAACACUGCAUUGAAACCUGCUGAAAAUCACGCCGACAUCGUGAAUCUACUACUUUCUACUGGAGCAGAAAAUCGCGACCAGAUAACACAAGUCCUUCGACAGUUUAAGUCACUUUGUUCAAAUCGAAACUUUCUGAAGAAAUUUACAAAUGUCGCUCUUCUUGAUUCCCAACUAUCGUGGCCGAUGGUUACCUCAUCUUUGGUGAUAAUUGGUGAGCUGUAUGCUUUCUUCACUCUCCAUUCAAGAAGUUUCGAGGAAGGUUCUUAUGUGUACUGGUUCUCCAAGACCAAGGCAAGCGAGUUGCUGUCAGAUUGGAUUUUUGAAAACGGGGGUUUAAAAGUGUAUAGAGAGUUCAUCGAAGAAAAACAAGUAGCAACCAUCAGUGGAUUGGUGCCAUCUUCCCUCAGAGAAUCUUUGAAAGAAAAUGUUUAUCUGCUUGGAAUUCGCAUGAGUGUACCAUCAAGAAAUUAAGUUGAUAAUGUUGCUGACUUCUUUAACAUGUUAAAAAACAUUUUGUAACUGGCGAUAUGACUAUAGGAGACUCCCCUCUUAUGGACUGCCACCUUGCCGUGGUAGAGGGGCUUGUGCGUUUCAAUGAUCCUUAGAACUCAGCCGGCGGAGGCAUGUGAGCCUCUGGUAGGUACAACCAAGCCGGACAGAUCUAAGGGGAGAAACCAGACCAAAAGGCAGUCAAAAUUCUCACUCUAUGUCAAGUUAUAUCUUUUAAAAACAACGUCCUUUUUUUCAUCGAAAAAAAAAAUAAAAAAGAUGUAAAGUCUGCAAAAAUGUGAGAUAAUCCUACAAACGUGAAAAUAUGUGAAAAUUAAA